AUGAUGGAUAUUAACAAACGAGCGUUUUGCCAUUUUACACUCAAAGAUAUAUUAAGUAUUAUAUCGUCAGUUGCUAUACCCAUAGCUCUUGCUAUUUAUACUUCGAUUGGAUCUGAACAACAAAAACAACAAGCUGAGAAGAAACAAAAGUUUGAUUUUGAACAAUCAACAGAAUUAAGACAACAAACACUUUAUGAUGAAUUUUUAAAUAAUAUUUAUAAAUUAGAUAAAGAUGGUUAUCUUAAUGACAUAAAAAAUCCAUGGGCAUUUGCCAACGCAUAUUAUCGUGCUGCUCAUCGUCAAUGGGAUACAAUACGUAAUGCAGAUGUUAUACAAUUUCUUAAAGAAAAACAAUUAAUUGGUAGAAAUAAUUGUAGUAAUGGCUGUAGAACAACAAAAUUAGAUGAUAUAAUUCGUUUGAAUGAAUUAAGUUUUGAUAAUGUACGUCUAACAAGUGAAACUGGUGUAUUAAAUAAGUUGAAUUUACAAUGCAUUUCUUUUGAUCAGAUAUCAAUAUCAAAUGGGGAAUUUUCAUCUGUUAAUUUAAAUGGUGCAUCAUUUGAGGGAGCACGAUUGGAUAACGUGAAAUUUGAUGGUUCAUCUUUAGUUUGUGUUAGUUUUAAUGGUGCAAAUCUGACAGGUGCACGCUUUUCAAACAGUGAUUUGUCGGAAGCUAAAAUAACAGAAGAGCAAAUAAAGCAGGCAUACUUUUAUAAUGUAACUAUGCCAAACGGAAAGAAGAGUGAAACUACAGCUACAGCAACAACAAAAAAACAUAUAGCACAAACAACAACGAUAAUAAAAACAGAAAUGUUAACAACAACAGUAUCAUCAUCAUCAUCAUCGCUGACAACAACGCCAUCAACAACUACAACAUCAACAACAACAUCGACAACAACAUCGUCAUCAACAACAUCAACAACAACAACAACAACAACAAUCGCUUGGAAUAGUAUGUUCCUUAAUCAAACUAUUUACUCAGUUGAUUUACGCCCAGUUUCAGUAGCAGUAGCCGAUGUGAACAACGAUAAUAAACCUGAUAUUUUCACUGCAAAUCAAAAAUCAAAUACCAUCAGUGUUCUUCUUAACACAGGCAACGGUACUUUUUCUUCUCAAGUUACUUACUCAGUUGGUGCAGAACCCUAUAAAGUAGCGGUAGCCGAUGUAAACAGCGACAAUAGACCCGAUCUUAUCACUGCAAAUUUCAUGUCAAACACUGUCAGUGUUCUUCUCAACACAGGCAUCGGCACUUUUUCUCCUCAAUCAACUUAUGCAGUUGGUUCAUAUCCAUAUGGAGGAACUGUAGCCGAUGUGAAUAGCGACAAUAGACCCGAUAUUAUCACUACAAGUUGGAGUACAAACACCAUUAGUGUUCUUCUAAAUGCAGGCAACGGCAUUUUUUCUAAGCCAACUACUUACGCAGUUGGUUUACAACCAUAUGGAGCAGCUGUAGCCGAUGUGAACAGUGACAACAAGCCCGAUAUUGUCAUUACAAAUUGGGGUUCAAACACCAUUAGUGUUCUGCUCAACGCAGGUAGCGGCACUUUUUCUCCUCAAACUACCUACACAGUUGGUGUAAGCCCAAUGUCAGUAGCAGUAGCCGAUAUAAACAGCGACAAUAAAUCCGAUAUCGUCACUGCGAAUUUCGGUUCAAACAGCAACAGUGUUCUUCUCAACACAGGCAACGGUCGUUUUUCUCCUCAAACUACUUACGCGGUUGGUACAAGUCCACAUUCAGUAGCAGUAACUGAUGUGAACAACGACAAUAGACCAGAUCUUGUCACUGCAAAUUGGGCUUCAAACACCAUCAGUAUUCUUCCCAACGUAGGCAACGGUACUUUCUCUCCUCAAAUUACUUACGCAGUCGGUAUAGGUCCACAUUCAGUAGCAGUGGUCGAUGUAAAUAGUGACAAUAAACCUGAUCUUGUCGUCGCCAACUCUGAUGGACAAACCUUUACAUUAUCUUCAUCAUUUCAUUCAGCAUGGAAUCCAACAUCAAAUUGUUCUUUACAACAAUGUAAUGUAAACUUAAAUAAUAAUAAUAGUUGUCUUUCAUCAUCAACACCUUGUUUUGAUUAUCGAACAAUAAAUAAUAUUCGUUAUUGUUCACCUGGUAUUUUAUGUUCAAUAUUAGAAAGAUGUGAUAAUAUUACACAAACAUGUUCAUCAAAUAAUUCAAUAUGUGUUAUUAAUUCAUGUUGUUCAUCACAAGCAGUAUGUCUACCAUUGUUAAUAACACAAAUGUGUGAAAGAGGAUGGUUCUCUACUGGAAAUAUGAGUAAUGCACGAUAUGGUCACACAGCAUCUGUAUUAUCAAAUGGAUUAGUGUUAGUUAUCGGUGGAAGUAAUGAUAGCAGUGUUUUAAAUAGUACUGAAUUGUAUGAUCCAUCAACAAAUACUUGGACUAGUACUAGUAGCAUGACCAAUGCACGAGUUUAUCACACAACAUCUAUAUUAUCAAAUGGAAAAGUACUAGUUACUGGUGGUGUAGGCAAUGGCUAUUUAAAUAGUGCUGAACUGUAUGAUCCAUUAACAAGUACUUGGACAACUACUAGUAACAUGAAUAAUGCACGAGCUUUUCACACAGCAUCUGUAUUAUCAAAUGGAAAAGUAUUAGUUACUGGUGGAUACAAUAGUGGUAGUGUUGUAAAUAGUACUGAGCUGUAUGAUCUAUCAACAGGUACUUGGACCUUUACUGGUAGCAUCACUACUGCACGUUAUUCUCACACAGCAUCUAUAUUAUCAAACGGAAAAGUACUAGUAACUGGUGGAUACAAUGCGAGUGUUUUAAACAAUGUUGAACUGUAUGAUCCAUCAACAGGUAUUUGGACAACUACUAGUAACAUGAAUAAUGCACGAUAUUAUCAUACAGCAUCUGUAUUAUCAAAUGGAAACGUAUUAGUUACUGGUGGAAGUGGUACUGGUUAUUUAAAUAAUGCUGAGCUGUAUGAUCCAUCAAUAGGUACUUGGAUAGUUAACAGUAACAUGAAUAAUGCACGAUAUUCUCACACAGCAUCUGUAUUAUCAAAUGGACUAGUACUAGUUACUGGUGGACAUGCCAAUGAUUAUUUAAAUAGUGCUGAGCUGUAUGACCCAUUAACAAGCACUUGGACAACUACUAGUAACAUGACUAAGGCACUCUAUCUUCACACAGCAUCUGUAUUAUUAAAUGGAAAAGUAUUAGUUACUGGUGGAGAUGAUAAUAAUGCUUUAAAUACUGCAGAAUUAUAUUAA